AAAAUCCCGCCAAGAGAGCCCCAGCGCCCAGGAGAAUCCGAAGAGGCGAGGGCGACAGCGGGCCGCGAGCCAUCCGUGCAGACGCGGGGAUAGCCGCGCCCGCAGGAGCAGCGCCGGUCCCGGCCGCAGCCGCGGUCCCCUCUCCCUGCGGCCACCUCGCCCCGCAGCCCCGGCAGCCCGAGCUCUCCCGGGAGGACACGUGCGACUCAAAAAUGCAGUCUCAACAGUAUCAGCAGCAGCGUCGAAAAUUUGCAGCUGCCUUCUUGGUAUUCAUUUUCAUUUUGGCAGCUGUGGGCACCACUGAAGCUGGGAAGAAAGAGAAACCAGAAAAAAAAGUGAAGAAGUCUGACUGUGGAGAAUGGCAGUGGAGUGUGUGUGUGCCUACCAGUGGGGACUGUGGGCUGGGUACACGGGAGGGCACUCGAACUGGCGCUGAGUGUAAGCAAACCAUGAAGACCCAGAGAUGCAAGAUCCCCUGCAACUGGAAAAAGCAGUUUGGAGCGGAGUGCAAAUACCAGUUCCAGGCCUGGGGAGAAUGUGACCUGAACACGGCACUGAAAACCAGAACUGGAAGUCUGAAGCGAGCCCUCCACAAUGCUGACUGCCAGAAGACUGUCACCAUCUCCAAGCCCUGUGGCAAACUGACCAAGCCCAAACCUCAAGCAGAAUCUAAGAAGAAGAAAAAGGAAGGCAAAAAACAGGAGAAGAUGCUGGAUUGAAAGUGGCUACCUUCUGUGGAACAUGAAAAGGGCAUCGGCAAACAUGACCAGUUAACGAUUGCAUUUAUACCUACUAGGCUUUUUUUUUUUUUUUCAAAAAGUAUCUAUAGCUCAGUACACAGUAGGAAAAAACAAAGAAAAUUUUUGUAGUAGCAUUUUUUAAAUGUAUACCAUAGUACCACUAGGGGCUUAUAAUAAAGGACUGUAAUCCUAUUAGAAAGUUGACUUAUAGUUCAUGAUAUAUGAUAGACAAUUGAGGUAAGUUUUUUGAAAUUAUGUGAUAUUUUGCAUUAAAUUUUUUUUUUACAUUUUUUUCUUUUUGGCAGCAAUUUAAAUGUUAUGACCAUGUAAACUACUUUUCUUGUUAGGCAAAUUUUUUCACCUACACUUUUUUUCCCAAUUGAGAAAGAUUUAUACUAAACAAAGCAGCAAUAAAAUAUAAUCUCUUUAUUUGAGGAAAAUAUUUUGUUAUCUGCCAAUGGAUUUUAAGAAAAAAUUUAGUCGAUGAAAUGGGGGAUGGGAGGCAAAGCAUGACUUAGUCAGUGUUGACUUUUUUAUGAAAAGCAUUAAAACAUGAAAUUCUUUUGCUUUGGCAGAAACAUUUGUCUUCUUGAUGAAACUAUUUUCCCAUCUGAGGAAAAAAAUACUAGGAAAAUAAAUCAAGGUGAUGCUGAAAAAAA